AAGAGAUGGUGGAAUGGGGGUGGGCGAUGAGGAAAUAAUCCCUCACUGGCACUGCCAGAGAGCAGUCCGGAAGCCAAAGGCGCCUGCGCGGGCGCUGUCCUUCCCCGAGGUCGAGGAUGCGCGCGCAGCGCUUUCCGCCUCCCGGAAGUUUACUCGGGACAACUAAGAAGGUGAGUUCUACGAUCCGCGAAGGGUCGGAGAAUCUGACCGCAGAUAUCUGGCUCCAGACUCCGCUCACCAAGUCCAGAGGUGAGGAGAAGGACACUUUUAAGAUGGAGUUUCCAGCCCAGUGAAUCUGAGGGCCAGACUGUGACCCUAUAAAGACCAAGGGGAACCAGAGCCCUCACCUCUUCUGGCUGAGAUUUCUUUCAUUAGCUGUUUGGACGGCCUGCGAUUCUCAAGGGCAAGCACUAGAAGUCCUAAGUCAGCACCAAGAGGCAACAGAGAAACCUGGGAGGCUCGGAACUUCUGGAAAGAGAAGGGGAAGAAGAGAAAAACUAACAACUGGAAUCAUGAUCAACUUCUGUCCAGACUGUGGCAAAAGUAUCAAAGCAGAAUUCAAAUUCUGCCCCUACUGCGGGCAUCCUUUGCCUGCGGAGGAGCCUGAAGAGUGCCAGAGCUUUGUCAGACCGCUUACGUCAUCCUUCCGAGGCUCCAAGAGAAAGAGGAGCUCCAGUUCUGAAAGCUCUUCCAAGAAAGUGAGAUGGUCCGGCGCUGUCACCUCCCCCUCAUCAUCCGUUUUCUCCGAUGCUGACAGCUCUGGGUCUGAAGAUCCCUUGAGACCCUGUGAGAGACCCAAAGGGGCCCGGAGCAGAUCCCCAACCCCCAGAAGCAGCCCACAGGCGACCAGGCAAAGCCCUCAGACCCUGAAGCGGAGCCGGGUGACAACCUUGCUUGAGGCUUUGCCCACAGGCACGGUGGUGGCAGACAAGAGCGGGCAGCGCUGGAAACUGGGAGCCCUCCAGACCAGGGACAGCCAGGGCGUUCUCUAUGAAGCCGAGCCUGUCUCCACCUCCGCCUGCAAGUCAAGUCCCCAGAAACAAAGAUUCUCGCUUAAACUAGAUGCCAAGGAUGGGCGCUUGUUCAACGAGCAGAACUUCUUCCAACGGGCGGCCAAGCCUUUGCAAGUGACCAAGUGGAAGAAACUGAACUCGAUGCCCCUCCUGGCCAUCCCCACCUGCGUCGGCUUUGGCAUUCACCAGAACAAGUACAGGUUCUUGGUGUUUCCCGUCCUGGGGAGGAGCCUUCAGUCGGCCCUGGAUGACAGCCCAAAGCAUGUAAUGUCGGUGAGGUCUGUGUUCCAGAUGGCCUGCCGGCUGCUGGAUGCCCUGGAGUUCCUCCAUGAGAAUGAAUAUGUCCAUGGAAACGUGACAGCUGAGAACAUCUUUGUUAAUCCAGAGGACCUGAGCCAGGUGAUGCUGGGAGGCUACGGCUUCACCUUCCGCUAUGCCCCUGGCGGCAAACACGUGGCCUAUGUGGAAGGCAGCAGGAGCCCACAUGAGGGGGACCUUGAGUUCAUUAGCCUUGACCUGCACAAAGGAUGUGGGCCCUCCCGCCGCAGCGACCUCCAGACCCUGGGCUACUGUUUGCUAAAGUGGCUCUAUGGGUUCCUGCCAUGGACAAACUGCCUUCCCAACACUGAGGAGAUCAUGAAGCUGAAACAGAAGUUCCUUGACAACCCGAAAGGCCUCGUGGGACAGUGCAGUCGCUGGAUCAGUCCCUCAGAGACCCUGAAGGAGUACCUGCAGGUGGUGAUGGCCCUGAAGUACGAUGAGAGGCCGCCCUACACCAUGCUGAGGAACAAUCUAGAAGCCCUGCUGCAGGACCUGCGGAUGUCCGCCUACGAUCCCCUGGACCUCCAGAUGGUAACAUAGAACUUUUGACUCAGGGUUUGAAAUAGAAAAAAACCCAAACAAGAAAUGUGACUCAAGGCCUGCUGUAGUAUCACAGAUACACUUCUAGAAAGAUCCCUUGAAUGUGCCUGCCUGCUGCUUUUUUAAGCAACACUAUGAAUCUGUCUUGAUUAGCGUCAGGGAACCCGGCAGUUAGGCUCCAGACAAUGUGAAUUCCUCCUUUCGACGAUCCCACCCUUCCAGCCAUCAUCUCCCACCAGCCCCUGCGGUGUGGACAGAGAAGACCCCCAGCUCAUGGUAGGAGGUGAGCCAGCCCCCUCAGCGGGCACCCUUCCUGCUACUAUUGGCCCCAUUAUGCUUUGGUAAUAAAUUGUUUCAUUGGAGCUUGGAGAGCA